CCGUGUCCAGCCCCACUGAUGCAGCAAUCUUCAGGCACUCUUCUCGGCUGAGGAUAUUCCUCUUCAGGCGACGAGCAAUGCUCUUCAUCUUCUGAUUGAACACAUGCCACCUCCAUGGAGUCUUCUCCCUUCUGGAGGGACACUCGUGCAUGAUGCACUCUCGAAUUGUUUCUGCAGUUUUCUUGUCGUCUUUAUCGGGUGUCAGACCAUUGAUUUCAAAGAUGGGCCUUUUUUCUGCACAGAAUGAGAGCCUCCAUUUGCUCAUUCUUCUGCUCCACUGUCUCUGUCUCACACAAAUGCUUGAGGUCUCGAUGAGUGCCAAGGAGAAGAAUUCUGGGAGGUUGGCCGUUGGAGGAGUUCUCCUCAGACGAGCAUUCCUCUGCUCCUCUGCACUUGGGAGAGUGGUCCUGACAUUCUGCUGGUUUUGGGGAGUGGUCUUCAUCUCCUGGGAGCUCCACUGGCUGUGCUGGCUGGAGGGAGCUCUCCUGGAUUGCUGCUGCUCCCUUCUCUGUCUUUCCUCUGACUCUGUUGUUGAAGGAGAACAUGGUUCUCAUGUACUUUCCAAAGAUGUCUCUGUUGGUCAAAAGACUCUGUUCUCGUCUGCCGACCAGCUGCCCAUUGCG